CGGCUGCUCAGCGUCGCUCACACGCCGCCAUUGUUUGGCGUCCGGCUGGAUCUUCUGCGGGCUGAGGUGACAGCAGGGAGCAGUGUGGGGGAGCGCAGGGAGGUCGGAGCGGCGUGCUCCGUCUGGUGAAGGUAAAACGUUGAUGUUUGUUCCAGAGCGCCUGACGGGAAUGUGUGGACGAGACGGCGGUGAGCGCCAACAGCUGAUCAGAUAAAGACCUCCGUCUCUCUGCUUCCUCAGAUUUAUGGGAACAUGGAAAUGUUUAACCAGCCAACGGGGUCAUGAAUUAUUCACAGACUUGUUCCUCCUUUUCCAGGUAUCGCCACCUGUUUGGACAGAAAACUGAAGCUCCAGGAUGCAGUGGUGCAUGUGGGCUGGCGGCUGGAGGUCACACCUGCAAAGGCAGGUAGUGGGCGUGUCCAUCAUAGAAUGAAAGUGAGAAGUCCAGAGGGCACAAAUGCAGGCUGAAGUCUGAGGCUGGGAUGAAGAACCGGGCUUUCACCUGUCAGGUGGAAGGAUUUGGAUCCUCCUGAGGGAUCCCCUCCUUUUCUUCAGAGGGAAACCACCGGUCCUCACUCUUCUGUCCCGGUGGCUGUUUUAGGAAAAGGCUGUCUGGCUGACAUGUUCCGGCUGUCCUAAAGGAGAUUCUCCUCGUCUUUUUCUGGAGGAUGUGACUGUAAAUUGUGUAAAUAGUUAUUGUUGACUCAACAGAAGGCGCUGGUCGAGGCGCAGAGCUGUGAAAGCCGCUGUUUUUGUCAGCAUGCAGUCUGCCUGCUCGGACAGCGAGGACUCCUUCGACUUUCUGUUCAAGAUCAUCCUGGUGGGGGAUUCGGACGUGGGGAAAACCUGCCUGGUCCAGAGCUUCAAGUCUGGCGUUUUCAUGGAGAAGCAGCAGAACACCAUCGGGGUGGACUUCACCGUUCAAACCAUGGAUAUUGACGGGAAGAAGGUGAAGAUGCAGGUCUGGGACACGGCUGGACAGGAGCGCUUCCGCACCAUAACGCAGAGUUAUUACCGCAGCGCUCACGGAGCCGUGGUGGCCUAUGACAUCAGCCGGCGCGGCACCUUUGAGUCAGUUCCUCACUGGAUCAGGGAGGUGCAGCAGUACGGAGCGGCCAGCGUGGUUCUGGUUCUCGUAGGCAACAAGUCGGACCUCCACCUGCAGCGACAGGUGCUGUUUGAGGACGCGUGCACGCUGGCAGAACACAACGGCGUGCUGGCGGCUCUGGAAACGUCCGCCAUGGAGGCUCAGAACGUGGAGGCCGCCUUCGUCCUGAUGGCCCGGGAGCUCAUGGCCCGUAACGGCCCCAGCGUGGCGGAGGAGGCCUCGCAGAGCCCGGCGCCCCUAAGGGGCAGCACCCGCCCCCUCCACGCCAGCGCCCCCACGCACAAAAAGUGUGGCUGCAGAGCGAGCUGAAGGAGGGGGCAAAGUGUUGGGGUGAAAAACGGGCCUCUGAUGCUCGUUUGAGUUUUUAGCAUUGAAGCUUUUAUUUUGAAAAGUUGAAGUGCUUUUAUUUAGAAAACAUUCCUGACUGUUGCUGAGGAAACUGAAGCUGCGUUCAGCUCCUCUUCCCUUCAGAAUAAAAUCCCUCCUGCUGUUCGAA